AUGACCCAACCAACUGCGGUAGAUUUCAAAAACCAGGGUAAUAAAGCUCUUCUCGAGAGCAAGUACGAAGAAGCUAUUGAGCUCUAUACGAAGGCGAUAAAUCUCGACUCUACGAAUGCAGUUUUUUUUGCCAACAGGGCACAAGCUCAUAUAAAGAGUGAAGCAUACGGAUCAGCUAUAGCUGAUGCUUCCGAGGCGAUCAAACUUGAUCCAUCGUAUACUAAAGCUUAUUAUCGCAGAGCUGUUGCCAAGACCGCUAUUGUGCGUUAUAAGGAUGCUCUACCAGACUUCAAGGUGACUGUUGACAGAGCACCCAACGACAAAGAUGCCAAGGCCAGAUAUUUGGAAUGUCAAAAGAUAGUUCGUCGACUGGCAUUCGAGAAGGCUAUCGAAGUUGAAGACGAACCCAGUGUAGCAGAGACCCUUGAUAUUCGCUCUCUCAAGGUCGAAGACAGUUAUGAUGGCCCUGAGCUUGAUAUCGAAUUCGUGAAGGAGGCAGACUCUGAUAAAUUCUUUCCAAAAGUUAACAUGACAAAAGAAUUUAUUACCCAAACCAUAGAGAGAUUUAAAGUCGGCAAGUUAUUACCGAGGAAGUACCUCUAUGCCAUUGUACUUCAGGCAAUGAAAUUGUUCCAGCAGGAACCAACCAUGGUGGAAAUUAAGGCGGAAAUGCCCGACCACUUGAUAACCAUAUGUGGUGAUACCCAUGGACAAUUUUUCGAUCUGCUGGAGAUUUUCCGCAAAAAUGGUGAGCCUUCUGAGAAUCACAUGUACUUAUUUAAUGGAGAUUUUGUAGACCGAGGAUCAUGGUCGUGUGAAAUUGCACUUACUCUUUAUGCCUACAAGAUUCUAUAUCCAUCAAGCUUUUUCAUUAAUAGAGGAAAUCAUGAGACUGAUAGCAUGAAUAAAGUAUAUGGGUUUGAGGGCGAAUGUAAGCACAAGUAUGUUUCAGAGUCUGUGUUCAAGCUUUUUUCGGAAUCCUUCUCAUUGCUUCCUCUAGCUACGUUAGUUUCGGACCAAUACUUCGUCGUUCAUGGUGGUUUGUUCUCGGACGAUAAUGUGACUUUGGAUGAUAUUCGUAAAUUCAAUAGGUUUAGUGAAAAGCAGCCUGGUAUGCAUGGUAUAAUGAUGGAGAUGCUUUGGACUGAUCCCCAACCUGAGCCAGGUAGGGGUCCAAGCAAGCGAGGUAUUGGUAUUCAGUUUGGUCCAGACGUAACGGACCGAUUCUGCAAAGCAAAUGGCCUCAAAGCGGUGAUUAGAUCACACGAAGUUCGCAUGGGCGGUUACUCUGAGGAACAUGAUGGAAAGUUAAUCACAGUCUUCUCUGCCCCUAAUUAUUGUGAUUCUCAAGGAAAUAAGGGUGCAUAUAUCAAUGUCAGAGAAGACGGUGAACUCAACUUCGUCACUUUCGAUGCCGUUCCUCAUCCAGAUAUUAAACCCAUGAGAUAUGCAUCUCAACUCAUGGGUAUGUAA